AUGCAAGACCAGAUAAUAGCUGGCAUCUUACAUUCGACUUUGGCCGAUUCUGCAGGCGACCGCUUCUUUCAACUUUUCGCGCCUUUGAAGCUGUUACACAAAGCAUUGGAGUUCAAUCAGCUGAGAAAAGCUUCCGGCGAAAGUACUGUGGAGCUGUACAUUGCGCAGUCGCUUCUUGCAGACCUUCCCACGCGGCUACAGCAAGACGUGCCGACCCCAACACUGGUUUUGGAGGCUGGCAAGGGCGACGUCUACAGUUCAUCUAUCUGGCUGGGGACUGAGCCUACAUAUACUCCGCUUCACCGAGAUCCCAAUCCAAAUUUGUUCUGCCAGCUUCACAACCAAAAGGUUGUCAGACUUCUCCCGCCACAGCUAGGGGAAAAGCUGUAUCUUCAAGUCCAAGUCCAGCUUCGCCUGCAAGGGAGCAGCCGCAUGAGGGGUGUGGAAAUGAUGGAGGGAGAAGAGCGCAAAGUGCUUCAGGAGGCGGUUUGGGAGCCUGAAACACCCAUCGAAGAGAUGUGCGAAGCAGAACUCGAUGCUGGGGACGCCCUCUUCAUCCCAGAAGGGUGGUGGCACUCUGUGAAAAGUAGCGGGGCAUCAGGAGACUUGAAUGGAUCUGUAAAUUGGUGGUUUCGCUGA